UGCUGUCACGCAGCUGAGUACUAUUAUAAGGUCGUGGUAAAGUUUUUUUGUAUUGUGUACUGUGAAAAAAAUGAGUUCUCCCCGUAAAAGAAAACCGUGUUUUACAAAUGCGGAAAAACUGCAGCUAAUUCACUCUAUUAAAAGGCGCUCACUACUGUGGGAUGUUUUGGACCUAUAUCAUAGGGAUUAUGACAAGGUUCAAGCUGCUUGGAAAGCUGUGUCUGGCGAAGUAAAAAGACCUGUUCCUCACUGCAAGGAGGCGUGGAGUUCUUUGAGAGAAAGCUACCGCUAUCAUUUCAAGCGUGACUGUGGUAAAUUUCAGCAUCUCGACGGAGAGGAUUUCGAUCCCCUGCUGGCUACCAAACAGAUCGAUUGGCGGUUCGCUGAAGCUAUGUCCUUUAUGCCUCAACCCGCAAUCAAGAGACCAAGACCUUCCAGCCCAACUGUUCUCAAUGAAGCCGAUGGAGAAGAUGAAGCUGGUGAAGAUGAUGAGGUGGCUGACUGGAUGACAGGAUCUGCAGAGAUUCCGGCCGAUGCUCUUUUAACACCGGAAAGCGUUGAAAAUAUCAAGCCGGAUCCAAAGACAAGGGGCAAACCGAGAAAAAGUGCAGCGUCGACAUCUCAGGAGUCAGUUGUCGACAUGUUAAGCAAUUUUCUCAAGGAAACUAGGCACUGCCUGGAGCAGCCUGUCUCAAAAAAUGCCACCGUCCUAGCUUACUGGGAUACUCUACUUACCGGGAUGUCACCCCAAAACUCACAACGCGCUGUGUUCAAAGUAACUGAGUUUCUGCAGGAGAUUGCCAAAAAAGAAGUUGAAAACAAGAGAAAAAUGUAUUAAAAUAAUUAUAAGAUUUAGUUUUUAAGCGUACUUGUGAUCUUGUGGGCUCUUUUCCUUCACUGAUAUGCCAGUUUUUUGACAAUUAAACUAUUCUUUAUGCUAUCUCUAACCAA